GGGAGCAGAGGAAAGCAGAGGAAGGGAGACCACUAUGGGCCCUAGGAGUCGAGUCAGGGUGGCCAAAUGCCAGAUGCUGGUCACCAGCUUCUUCGUCCUGCUGCUGGGCCUCCUCCUGGCCACCGGGGUAGUGCUCACCUACUUUGGGGCCCACUUUGCUGUCAUCAGGCGGGUGUCUCCAGAGGGGUCCCCCUACGAGGCCCUGCACCACUGGGCCUUCUUCACAGGGGUCAGUCUGGCCGGCCUCCUCGGCCUGGGGGCUGUGCUGAGUGCUGCCGCCGCUGUGCGGGAGGCCGGACGCCUCAUGGCCUCGGGCUUCCUGUGCUUUGCGCUGGUGUUCUGCGCCCUGGUGCAGGUGGCAUUCUGGAGACUCCGCAACCCCACCCAGGUGGAGGAUGCCGCGUUGGACACCUACGACCUGGCCUACGACCGGGCAGUGAGGAGCUCGCCAGGCACCCAGCGACAGGAGCUGCUGGCCAUCCAGGACACGUUCCUGUGCUGUGGGAAGGGCUCCCCGUCCAGCCUGCCGGGCAGCGCGGAGGCGGACCUGUGUCCGGUAGAGGAGGCCGCCUCACAGGACUGCCUGCAGAGCAUCCGAAGCUUCCUGAGGACACAUGGACACAUCGUCUCCGUCCUGGCCAGCGUAGGCCUUGCCUCCACGGUGUACGCAAUGCUGCUCAGCUCCUUCCUGUGGUUCGCCAUCUGCUCCGGCCGCAGCUUGGACCGCAAGGGGACCUACGCCCUGAGCCCCAGGUGGGCACAGGCGGGCCCAGCCAGCAGGGAACGCGAAGAUGGAGACGCUGCGGGGCUGUGCGGUCUCCCUCUGGCGAGCUCCCCCGCUCUGAGGGGCCCGGAAACGGGGCACUACCUGAUCUUCCAGAGGAUGGGCACCUUCUUCUUGCCCACGGGCCCCGGCCAGGACCCCCAGGAGGACGCUGAGUGAGCUGUGAGGGGCGGCUGUGCCUCGUUCCUUGAUCCUCGUUGGGGGCCGGUGGGACCACGAGGCCGGCCCAUCAGGAGUGACGUCGGGGGGCAGCUCUUUGUGGCUGGAACGCGUGCCCUUCAGUGAUGGGGUGCUGUGGCUUUCACCGUGACCCCGUGCUGGGUUUCAUCGCAAGCUUGUCCUCCCUCUCUCAAGAUGCUCCUGGAACACACAUGUCUGUUCUGGUGACAUGGGGCACACCUUCACUGUCUUUAGGGCGUUCAAGUUGUUCUUUCCCAAAAAGUGCACGGCCGCUGGGGCCUGCCUGGGACUCUGGGCAGCACGUGGGGAGGGGGAAGCAGGUUCCCCGGUGGCGUUCCUGGCAUCACCAGCCUGUCAUUUAUGUGGUCUUGGUUGGUUCCACAGGAAAUGGGGCUCAGUGGUCCCCCAGACAGUGUGGCCCUGGAAGCGCGGUGAGUCACCAGCGCUCAACACUGUGCUGGCAGGGAAGCCGCUCAGUCCAGCCAGCUCCAUGGAGGCAGGGGCGUCCUGCCUCUGGCGGGCCAGGCCCACCCUGGUCCCCACACGCUCCAGGUGGUCCGGCCCUCCCGCACACCCCGCUGCAGGUGGGGGACUGAGGAACCAGCCCGAGGCCACCAGGCAGGGAAGACUCAGAGCCAGACCCGGCAGGGCAGCUGGCCUGACCUUGCCUCCUGCCAUCAGCCCCACCGGACCUCCGACCUCGGCAGGGGAGGUACAAGAGGGUGCCCCACCCCAGCGUGGCACAGGCAGGCCCUUCCCUUCUCUCCCUCCUUCUCUAAGGCAGCCCAGCUGGGUGUUUGUCUGAGCUGCUCGUCUCCUCCGUGGGGGCGGGGGCGGGGUGAGCUGAAGCUCCGCCAUCGGCCCACAAGGGAGCCUUUCUCAGGGCACACAUCACUGGUGCCUGUGAUGCUCAGUGUCCACAUGACUGGCCCCGGGGUUCCCAGACAGAACAGCAGUGUCCCGGGGUGUCCCCAGGUGAGGUCAGCAUUUGAAUGGGUGGGUUCAGUGAGCAGGCAGCUCUCCCAGAGAGGGGGUGGGGGCCCUUCCAGACCACCCAGGCCUGAGCGGCACUGAGGGUGGAGGAAGGAAGAAUUCUCCCUUCUCUCUGUUCACCCCUUGAUCUGGGACACGUGCUUUUCUCCAGCCUCCCCUAUGGGAAGCUCCCCUUGGGCUCCCUGGCUCUGGGGUCUCGGGAUCAGAACUAAACCAUCCCUGCUCACUUCCUCCCAGGGUCUCUGGCUUACAGGUGGCAGGUGCUGGGACUUCGGGGCUCCUUAAUCGCCAUGACGGUACAUAGUAUAUAAUAUAACACACAUCUGCUGGUUCCAUCCCUCUGGAGAGAGAGCCCUGACGUGUGCCUGGCAGGUCCCUUCCGUUCUCACCAGGUCAGUUGGUGGGCCACAGGGCCACGCACUUCAGAAUGGGUCCACGGGACAGCCUGCACGUGCCCUCACCUUUGUGCCUGUGAGUGCGGGUCCCCUGGGGAGCUGAGGCAGCCCACUGCCCUUGGAGUCGCCUCUCAGGCCCGGAGCUUCCCUGCAAAACCCUCCAUCACUCCGACUGCCACUGCAGUCAGAGGGGGCUCCACGCCGACCUCCCCACGCCUGCUCAGCCUCGGCAUCUAGCCCGCUGCCCCUGCCGCACCCCAGCUCCUGCGCCCUGGCUUCCUCUCUGCUUCUCCGCCCUGUGCCCCCGAACCCGGACAGCAGGGCUGGCUCCCUGGUAGCCCACCGAGGACGCCUGCAAGCGCCCCCACAGGGGUGGGGGGAGUGCCCCCGUCGCUCCAGGUUGCUUUGUCAAGCAUCCUGGGAAUUCCCCUUUUCCCAGAAACGAGGAGACAUGAUGGACAUCUGUCAUUGUCACCAGGGCUCAAGGCCCCCGAGGGAAGGGUCCUGGGUGACCAGGUCGCACAGCUGGCACCCGAGACAGUGCCCAGCACGAGGCAGGCACUGAAGAGCCAACUGCUGAGUGAAGCACAGCACAGGCCGUCAGGACAGGCCCGGCUGGCUGGCGCGACCUGCGUGGGGGGGACGGGGACCCAGGACACAGGGCAAGGCCCUGCUCUGGCCCCACUUGCCCAGGGUGGGCUCCACGUCCCCUCCCCCUCCCCCGAGGACCCAGGGACGGCCACUCUCUGAGGGAGGAUCCCACCCACACCUGUGGCAGGAAAUGUCCUGUGACUGUGGGAGAGGGGGAGUGGGGGGGCAGGGGCCCAGCACGUCUGAGAGAGUGUUUUCUGACACCCGAGGCCUGUUCCGCCUCCUUUUCAACAAAAACACCCCCAGCUGACUCUCAAGUGAAGACCUACAUUACUCUUUUCCUUUCUAAAAGACUUUAUUUACGUACUUUUGAAGAGGGGGAAAGGAGGGAGAAAGAGAAGGAGAGAAACAUCGACGCGAGAUGCGAGAUCUCUCCUACGUGCCCGACCGGGGACCUGGCGGGCAGCCUGGGCCUGUGUGUGCCCUGCCCGGUGGGCUCGGGGCCCUCGCUCCACCUUUUGCUUUGAGGCAAGACGAUGCCCAACCCACUAAGCCACCCAGGUCAGGGCUGACGGUACUUUUACUACAAUGUUGCCCGGACGUGCUCCGGCGGAACAGGGGGCGUCAACAUGGGCCUGGAGCUCCUACUCAAGUGUGCCACCGACUUGAAAAUGGGCCGAGAAUGCUUCGGAACCAGCGGGGUGCAGUUGGGCACCAUUGGGCCACUCUGCAGGUUCAAACCGCAAUGAGCUGCACUGGAAAGCCCAGUUCUCGGUGGUGGUGGCGGCGAUGGCCACCUUUCCAGUGCUUCGUGGUCAUUCCCACGUCUUUG